AUGCCUGGUCUUACUACUACCGAUAUUCACAAAGUCGCGGUGGUUGGGAAAGGAUAUGUCGGAGGAUACGUCUACGACAAACUCGUCGACGCCGGCUUCGAUGUGACGGUCCUCUCUCGUUCGAACCCAAAUAACAAGGCCAACGUCCGGGUCGUAGAUUACGAAUCCACGAAAAGCCUCACAGAGGCGUUAGAAGGCCAGGAUGCCGUCGUCUCGACCAUCUCGAUGGCAGGCUGGCCCCACCAGUACAAGCUGAUUGACGCCGCCGUCGCCGCAGGCACCGUCAAGCACUUCAUCCCCAGCGACUUCACCGCGCUCUCCACCAACCCGCAAGUUGCCAGUCUGCCGUACUACAGAGACGCGGUCGGCAUCCAAGACUACCUGCGGAAGAAGGCAGAGAACGCAAAAAUGAAGUGGACUAUCAUUCAGACAGGUCCCAUCAUCGGGUGUGUGCUGAACGGGGCGUAUGCGUACAACUUCCAAGACCGGACUGCGCUUCAAGUUGGCGACGAGAGCAACAGUAGCCACAAAGUCAGCAUGACGCGGGGCUACACCAUUGGAAAAGCUGUUGUCUCCAUCUUUAGCAAGACGAAGGAGAUGAAGAGCGGGCCCAUUUACAUCCAUGAUGUUGUGACUUCUCAGCAAGAGAUUCUCAGGAUUGCGGAAGAGAAGUCUGACGCAAAGUGGUCGGUCUCUCAUGUGGAUGCUGAGGCCAAGCUGCAGGAAGGGCUGGGCAUGUUCAAGGCAGCUGGAGACAAGCCGGCUCCUAUCUUCGCUACGUUUCUCGUCAUCCACUACACCAUCUUUGGCGGCAAAUACAAGACCGACUGGAACGGAGAGGGUAACAAGGCCCUUGGCAUUCCAACUUUGGCGAGAGAGGAGUGGGAGGAUCUGAUUGCGCAGAGGGUUCGGAACGAGCCUAUUGAUGGUGGGCUUCCGUGGAACUCUGCCCCCAAGCCAAGGAAGUAG